CAUGCCAACCGAAAUAUUCUUCACGGUUACCAAAUUUGUCAGGUUUUAUCUGUGGGAAUAACAUUAGACCUAACCUAUAUUAGUUGCAUUUGACACAUCUCUAUUAUAGUGGUGUUUAUUGUGCGUUUGGAUUCUUCUGCUCAUCAGUUGCACAUGAAUGCAACCCAUACACUGCCACUCUUACUUACGGAUACACAGAAUUAAAAACAACGGAAACAUCAUGUCUAAUAGCUCUGAGUCUGUGGGAUAUGAUUCUCCAUCAGAUGCGUCGUACAGAAUCUACGCCAGCAUUUCCUUCGCUAUUCUCUUACUGGGGGUUGGCGUUCCCCUAUGGUGGCACACGACUGCUGUUCCUAGAGUGGCCCUACCUUACGAUGGAAUAGCUCGAUUGAGUGACCUGGAGAUUAAGAUUAGCACUAAGAUUUUUGUAGCUGCCUUUACUCAAGACCGUGCGAAUUUAUUGGCUGAUGAGAUCAGAGAUGGGCUCAAAUCGGCCGCUGAACUCUACAAUCUUCAGAUCUUGCCUGAGGUUAUUUCAAGAAAUUUAGUAUCAUCAGCGUUCACUCCACAUGAACUUGAAAAGGUCGCAGAUACUUUCAGCUUACAAGUUGGUGAAUUGCUCCUCUUGGAGACACCGAAUCUUACCGAAGACGUUCUUGUAGGAACGCAGCGAACGAUAUUUUUUUCUUCUGAAACUAGUGGGCCAAAAUUGACGCAAGUGCUAUCAGAUUGGGUCUUGUUAGAUAAAUCUCUUGCUCUUACCCGAAAUGCACUGGCAGAACCGACGCAAUUUAGUUUGGAUAAGGAGAAUAGAAGAAGAUUUCCUGCCAAUCCGGCUUACGAUGUUCUGCUCACAUUGGUCAAUCCUUAUCCAGAAAAACUGAGUGUCAAUUGGAAUUUUCCCACCGUUAUAGACGAAUACGUCAAACCAUUCCUAGAUGAGGUAUCAGUGGUGGCGAAUUUCUCACUCAAAUCACAAUGGCUUUACCUCAUGCCUCUAGAAAUGACACCAAAACAGAUUCCGGACAGUACAAUUCUUGGUAGGCAUUAUGCGCUACCGGAAGAUGUGUUACAACAAAUUAUAACUCCGUUAGAGAAAAAGUUAGCGUCACAAAUUAGUCUCAAUCCAUGCAUCAACUUAGUGAUGUAUACACCACCGUGUGACCAAGCACCGUUGCAUAUUUACACGCGUACCGGGCAUCGGUCAAGACCAGCGAGCAACAUUGAAGCAUUUCUUUCUCCGAGGUGGGGUGGUGUCGUGAUAGCCAAUCCUCCCGUAGAAACUUGUAAAGAGAUGGAAGAUCAAGGAAAAGUUACAUUUAUCCCAGACGCUGCCGGCAUCAUGGGCUUUUUUAUUUUUCAUCUCAGACUACUGUUAGGAAUCCCGGAUUUGGCUCCGAUUUCUGGAACAUCGAUUGUACAACUCGAUAAUUCGAAACCACGCCAAUGGGAAUUGGACGCUUUACUUAGAAUCAAAGCGGUAGAGCAGCUCACUUCAGCAAAACUAACAUUGCAAUCUUUAGCUCAAUUAUUAGAAGAAAUUAGUAAUAUAGUGAUCACAGACACAGUUGGUGAUAGAAUAAAUGGUGCUCUUGAAUUAGUAGAAGAUUCUGCAAAGAAGUUAAAUCGCGGAGAAUUACUGGACGGAUUUGCUUUGAGCAAAGAAGCAUUUGUUACCGCUGAAACUGCAUUUACGGAUCCAUCUCUGUUAGCUUUAUUGUAUUUCCCGGAUGACCAAAAGUACGCGGUAUACAUUCCACUGUUUUUGCCAGUAAUGAUCCCUGUAUUGCUAUCCCUGACGAACAUAUGGAAGCAUAUCUUUUCGAAGAAAGAGAGCAAAGAAAACAAGGUCGACUGUGAUAAAAAUACUGAAGAGAUUGAAAAACCAAAGACUGACUAGUUUGUAUCACAGUUUAUGUCAACAGACAUUAAUUCAAUGUUUAAAUUAAUUGAAACCGUCAUGAUACAUCAUACUUUGAAACACGCUUACUUCUAAUUAUAAACAUAACUAUGUGCGAACUUGAUUUUUACUUGUAAUAAUGUGUGCAAUCGAUAUCAUUGAAGUAUCAUCCCUAUGUCACAUCGUUUGUGAUUGUUUUAUCAAAUUAUUGUACCGUUCGAUUAUCUCACAGAAAUUUUUUUUCAUAUUCUUGUUUACUCAUCAUCUGUUGUAAUACCUGCUGAUGUAAGAAUACAUUAAACUUCGUUGCACGUUAGAAAUAUAAA